AUGGGAGCGAAGAAUCGUCCGAUCAACAACCCCCUUGUGUUUUCGUCGAUAGUUUUCUCUUUUGCGCUCUGUUUCGUGGCAUUGAUCCACGUAGAGAUCGAGCUUCACGCUCAUCGGAAAAUGCUUCAAGUCUUGACUCAACAGACAGAAGAAAGUAUCCUCUCACGCGGCACUGUGAACAAUAAACCGAUUGCUUCCGCGCUGCACAGUGACACUGGUAAAGGUGAGUGCUUUGUUUUACUUGUUCGCUGAUUCUCACGGUCUUGAAGUUAUAACUGUUGCAUUUCGCAACAACGCCCUCAAUAGUUAGAUCCAGUAACUGUUUAAUACUGAUCAGAAACGUCAUUCUGGCGUAUUGGUUUCAGUUCAGCUGUUUUGGUACAAGCUGAGAAGAUUUCCCUUUCUCUUCUGAAGGGCUGAAACCUAACCUGACAAAGCGUAAUUGCGGAGAUGCAAUUUUAGUACUCCUCGGAUAGAAGUGUCUUUUUUUUUCUUUUUAGUGCAUGAAAAUAUAUGGCAGGUAGUACAGUAGAUAAAGUUUGUCUUUAGCCAGUAUCAGUAAAGCCGCUAUUGUGCAACGGCAUAAUUUCGUCUGUAAGAUAGAAGGGGCAAUUAAAUCGACCAAAACAUUCUUUCACUGAACGAUCAUGAAAGUGACAUAAAUUAUUUCUCAGUUGCAGAAAUACGCGUUCGUCACAAACGCAACUCGAAAAUAAACGAGGAAACAAACGUCAGCGAAAUCAUCAGUCGAGAUGACAUUAAAAGGGAGGUUAAACUGGCGAUGAUUAACCUGGCCUGUAUGGCGCAUUGCCCGAAGGAAAUCAGGGGAAGACGAGGAAGGCCUGGUCCCCCCGGCAAACAUGGACCAGUCGGACCUCAGGGACCACAAGGACCACAAGGACCACAAGGAUCAAGUGGACCUCAAGGAGAUCACGGGCCUCCUGGACCUAGAGGCGAUCAAGGCCCUCAAGGGCCUAAGGGCGAUCCUGGUGAAUCCAUCUCAGCUCCUUCUAUUGUGUCACCUCCGUCUUCCAUUGUGGUAAACGAAACUGGUAUAGCCUCAUUGCAGUGUGAGGUUAAAGGAAAUCCAAUA